UCUUAUCAAACUAACUUUCAACCCUUCCAAAACAAACUAACAAACACCAAUAUGCUAGCUUUGUCCUCUUCUAUGUUUUCAACCUUUGGGUGGCCCUUAGAGGAGGACCUCAUAAGCCAUGAACAACACAACAACAACAACAACACUAUCUUCUACAUAGAAGCAGAAACUUCAGAUCAAUCUUUUCUUCACUUUCCUCCUCCUCCUAAUUUGUCUCAGCCCUUAGCAAAUUCAAGUGAAUUCAAGCUUUCAAACGAAGUUUUUGGAGAUGCAACAAUGGCUAAAAAGCUUAACCAUAAUGCAAGCGAACGUGAUCGUCGUAAGAAGAUUAACAGUUUGUACUCUUCCCUCCGCUCUCUCCUUCCUGCAGCUGAUCAAACGAAGAAGCUAAGUAUCCCAACCACAGUAUCACAUGUAUUAAAAUACAUACCAGAGCUACAAAGUGAAUUGGAAAGACUGGUUCUGAAGAAGGAAGAGCUAAUUUCAAGGAUUAAUUCUAGGCAACGAGAAGAUUUAUUAUCUCAUAUUGAUAUUGAAAAGAAAAGAAAAUGUGCAACUGGGAGCCCUUUAUCUGCUGUUUCAGCAAGUCCACUUGGAGAUAGAGAAUUUGUGAUUCAGAUUUGCACAGUUAAGCUCAAUAAUAGUCCACUCUCUGAGAUUCUGCUAAAUUUGGAGAUGGAUUAUGGACUACUUCUGUUGAAUGCCUCUUGCUUUGAAUCUUUUGGAGAGAGGGUUUUCUACAAUCUCCAUCUUCAGGUGCAAGGAAACCAAAGGGUGGAGAUUGAAACGUUAAGAGAGAAACUCUUGUUCUUGUAUGAAAAGAGUGGAGAACUUUUUUCUUGAGUUUUUGGCCCUCGACAAAUGUAAUAAGAGGUUCUUGUAAAUUUUUAAAAUCAUGCAAGAAAAUGUACAAAGUAUGACAAUAAAGAAGACAAAACAUUACUAGUUUUUAUGAAAGUUCACUUUCUUAA